AUGCUAUACGCCUGGUUAGGUAGAAAUAAAUUCUCAACACCAACAUAUGAUACAAAACAAGAAGUGAGAAAUGGAAAAACUCGAUUCAAAUGCGAACUUCGUGUUCCCGGAUUUUCUUACUGUGCUUUCGGAAAUUCGACAAACAAAAAAGAUGCCGCCACAAAUGCAGCUCUCGAUUUCUGUCAAUAUCUUGUCAGACAAGGUAAAAUGCAACAAAAUGAAAUGCCUGUUGUCGAUUCAUCGACUUUCGAUGGAGCAAAUAGUAGUUGGCAAGGUGGACAACAAGAUAAUGGAGAACAGACAAUUUUUGGAAAUGAAGGCGGAGGAGGUGAUAAUACACAACAGGCAUCCACAGUUAGAGUUAGUUUAUAUAGAUUCCUUGGAAGUAUUAUUAAUUACAAAUUUCAGCUUCCUUGGAACAAUGCAUAUAGAAGAGAUAAUACAACUCAUGCCGAAUAUAUGACACAAAAAGCUGAAGAAAUUGCCGCUUCUGAAACUAUCGAUUUGAAGUCUGAAAUUCAUGGAGGAUGGACAAUGGAAAACAGUAAAAAGGCGUUGAAUGAAUAUCUUCAAAAAAUGAAACUACCUUCGGUUGUUUAUCAAACUCAAGUCAAAGAAUCGAAUUUUGUCAAGUGAGCUUGAACUUCAAUUAUCUUCAAAAAUUCCAAUGUUUCUUUCAGAACAAUGGAAACCACAGCACACAUUUUUGUUCCACAAAUGCGCAAAAAUUUGACGGGUAAAGGAACGGGUUCGAAUAAAAAAGUGUCAGAAUCAGCGUGUGCUAUGAAUAUUGUUCGACAAAUGUUUCAUAUGAAUAUUAUGCAAGCUUAUGGUGGUCCGCUGAAGAAAAGUGCUGUCAGUACACUUCCAGAAACUGUUAUCGAUUUUCCUGAUGAUUUGUCAUCUCGAAUUCAUAGUUUUGUAACUGAAAGUGGUGUAGAAAUCAGAGAUAUUGAUGCAAGUUUGGCCAAUUCCGAAAAUCCAGUUUCUAUACUUGCUGAUCGGAAGUUGGCACAAUUUCCAGAUUCUGAUACAUCUCCUCCAAUGAAUAUCUCAUGGGCUCCUCCGUUACAAAAUUGGAAUCCGUGGAGAGCAUCGAAUAUUGAUGAAGGACCACUUGCAACGGUAAAUUCUAGAUUCUGAAUUCAGAAAUGCAUGUCGCAAAAAAUAAAUUCUCGCGGGAUUUAUUUAGCAAGGGCCACGUUUCAAAAAUUCUCAUUUCUUUUUUUCUUCUGAAAAUUUAAUGAAGAAAAAAGAUUAAAUCGAAAAAAAUUUAAAUCUAGUCCAGAAAUUUAUUUAUGGCCGUGUUGAUCAUUUCAAACUUUAUUUAUUUUUUCAGAUGCCUCUUUCUGAAAUUUCCCGAAAAAUCACCGAAAAAGAAAUGGUAAAACAAGGAAAUCCAGCAUUCGAAAGUAGACUUCAAGGUCGACAAGAACUUCCAGUUUGGAAAUUCAGACAACAAAUUGUUGAAACAGUCAAUGCAAAUCGUGUAACUUUAAUCAAAGGAGAAACGGGUUGCGGAAAAAGUACACAAGUCUCACAAUUCCUAUUAGAUAGUUAUAUCGAACAAAAUCGUGGAGCCGAAUUCAAUGCAGUCGUUUCACAACCUCGUCGAAUUUCUGCAAUCUCAUUGGCUGAACGAGUUUCGAAUGAAAGAGCUGAAGAGUUGGGCGAAACUGUUGGAUAUAAUGUUAGAUUUGAUGGUGUUUCUCCACGUCCAUAUGGUUCGAUUAUGUUUUGUACAGUUGGUAUUCUUCUUCGGAUGAUGGAAAAUGGUUUGAGAGGAAUUUCACAUGUUAUUAUUGAUGAGAUUCAUGAAAGAGAUUGUGAUGUGAGUAACAAAAAACUAGAAAUUCUAUGAAUUAUUUCGAGAAAUUGGGGGAUAACCUCAUCUAGUGCAAGAUUCCAAUCGAUUUGUAUUUUACACCGGCUCAUUUUUUGACCAAAAAAAAUCAGAAUUUGUCUAUUUAUCAAAAUAAUUAAAAAAAAAAGAAAACAAUUAAUUUCAGACCGAUUUCGUUUUGAUUGUUCUCCGCGAAAUGAUCAGCGAAUACCACGAUUUAAGAGUUGUUCUUAUGUCAGCAACUAUCGAUACUGAGCUUUUCACAAACUUUUUCGGGUCAAAUUCAACAAUUGGGCCAACUCCAGUUAUCAAAAUGGAUGGAAGAGCAUUUCCAGUUCAAUGUAAGUUUACGAUAAUUCUGAAACUGGCUGAAACGAAAAGUUUUUCAGCAUUUUUCCUCGAAGACAUCCUCCAAAAUUUGAAAUAUAUGCCAGAAGAACCAGAUAAAAAGAAAAAGAAAGGAGCUCCACAAGAAGAUGAUGAAGGAGAAGAAGAAGUUGAUGAUAAAGGAAAAAAUAUGAAUAUCAUUGAUGAUCCAAAUGCAAAUCAAAGUUUGAGAAUUGCACUUUCAAGAUUGUCGGAAAAAGAAAUUCCAUAUGGUGUUAUAGAAGCUAUAUUGUCUGAUAUCGCGUGCCGCGGAGUUGAUGGAGCUGUUUUGAUUUUUCUGCCUGGGUGGUCUGAUAUUAUGAGUUUAUUCAAUCGAUUGAAUGAUCAUCCAGAAUUCAGUCAAUCUCAAAAAUACGAAAUUCUUCCACUUCAUUCACAAUUAACAAGUGUUGAACAGCGAAAAGUUUUCAAUCAUUAUGAGGGAAAAAGAAAAAUCAUUAUUUCGACGAAUAUUGCUGAAACAAGUAUUACAAUUGAUGAUGUUGUUUAUGUUAUUGAUUCUUGUAAAGCGAAAGAAAGAAUGUAUACAUCAAAUAAUAAUAUGGUACAUUUUGCAACAGUUUGGGCAUCUCGAACAAAUAUUGUGCAAAGAAGAGGAAGAGCUGGAAGAGUUCGACCUGGAUAUGCAUUUGAAUUGUGUAGUAAAAAACGAUUUGAAGCACUUGAUGAACAUGGAACUGCUGAGAUUUUACGAAUUCCAUUACAUCAAAUCGCAUUGACGAUUAAAUUAUUGAGAUUGGGAUCGGUUGGAGAUUUUCUGGGAAAAGCAUUAGAACCGCCUCCUUAUGAUAUGGUUGUUGAAAGUGAAGCUGUUCUUCAAAGUAUGGGAGCAUUGGAUAGAAAUUUGGAAUUGACGAGUUUGGGAAGAAUGUUAGCUCGAAUGCCGAUUGAACCGGUUAUUGCCAAAGUUUUGAUCCUUGGAACUGCGUUAGGGUGAGUUAAAGGAACAUUUGGGAUAAUUGAAUAUCGAGAAAAGAAAACCUGUAAAAUAUACGUUUCAUGAAAUUUUUGAAAUUAUUUUGUUGUAUUCCAAAAUGUUUAUAUCAAAAAAUGGUGACAAAAUUUAUAUUUUGAAAAAAAUGUGGUUUUUUAAGCCAAAAAUUAACAAAAAAAGACUUCGACUAUAACCACCCAACCCUGAAAAAUCAAUUUUUUCCUCAGAAUGGGAAGUGUUAUGUGUGACGUGGCGGCCGCGAUGUCCUUUUCGACUCCAUUCGUUCCCAAAGAGAAACAUCACACAAAACUCAGCGGAAUUCAACGAAGAUUUGCCGGAAACAAGUUUUCCGAUCAUUGUUCGCUGGUUGCUGUAACUCAAGGAUAUCGAGAAACGUGUGAUCAAGGAUCGUUUUCGGCUGAAAAAGAGUUCUGUGAACGAUAUUCGAUGAGUAAUCCGAUUUUGAAAAUGACACAGUAAGUAAGAUUUUCAAAUUUUGACAAAUACAUUUUGCAAAUUUUCCAGCGGAGCUCGUCGACAAUUGAUUGAUGUUUUACGAAACCAGUGUUGUUUCCCAGAAGAAAUCUUAUAUGAUACAAGUGUUAAUACAAAUGGAAAAGAUCGAGAAUUGGAUCUGAUGAAAUCGCUAUUAGUUAUGGCUCUUUAUCCAAAUGUCGCGUAUUUUACGGGAAAACGAAAAGUUUUGACAAUAGAACAAUCAAGUGCUCUAAUCAACAAAUAUUCGGUUCUUAUUCCAUUAAAUACAAGAAUGGAUAUGACUUUGCCUUCUCCAAUUUUGGUUUUCACUGAAAAAGUUCGAACUCGUUGUAUUUCUUGUAAAGAAUUGUCGGUUAUUACUGCAAUUCAGUUACUUGUUUUUGGAAGUCGAAAAGUUGAUUGUAUUGGAGAAGAUCUUGUUAGAUUAGAUGAUUUGUAAGUUUUCUCUGAUUGAAUCUGGCCGUAUUCAAACCAUAUUUUAUUUGCAGUAUCACAAUUCGAAUGAACGUCAAAACAGCGGCUGCUCUUGUUGCUCUUCGCCCAUGCAUCGAAGCAUUCCUUGUUCGAUCGUGCGAAAAUCCCGAAAGUCUAUCGAUUUGCCAACCGCAAGACGCUGAACUUCGCCAAAUUUUGCGCGAUAUUUCGACCGAAGAUUUUAUGACAGCCGCCGCACCGUUGAAAGAUAGUUUGCUGACUGAUGGAGCACAACAAAUGGGCUCAGUUUCAAACACAUCAAUUCCAAGAGGAGCUUCCGAAUUUAAUAGCUAUGGAUUUUCUGAAGGUAGGGGCGAUUUUGAAACAUUUUUUUGAGAAAAAAACGUGCAUGAAAUUUUUAGGUUCAUCAUACGCAUUCAAUAAUUCACUGAUGUCGGAAAAUUCGAAAGGUACGUUUUUUUUUUGCACAAAAAAUGGGGUCUGAAAGUUUGAUUAUUGUUUUUUUCGUACGGUUAUUUAUUGGGUUUUUCAAGCCAAAAAAUAAAUUUAAAAAAAACAUUUUUUUACAAAAAAUUUCGAGUCAGCAAAUGUCAAAAAACUAUGUUUUUUUCCAAUUUUUUUACAUAUCUCGUUGCGAAAAUGUUUCAAUGAAAAAACAUCUCAAAAAAUAAGAAAAAAUAUAGUUUUUCGACAUUUGCUGAAAUUUGCUUGCUGAAAAUUUCUAAAUUUUUUGUGUUUUAAUUUUUUUUUCGAAUUGAAUCACCCCAUUAGUUAGAAUUUUCUUUCAACUAAAAAAUUCCAAAAUCCACGUUUAUUUGUCCUAACCCGCACGCUUUGCAUGUUUUCAGUCGCACCACCGUCUUUUUAUCCGGAUAACACAUCUUUUUCUUCACCGCCGAGACAACAAAUCGAUAAUGGAAGAGGUAUAAAUAUUCCCCUUUUUGCACUUUUGUUUUGUUCCAUGUUCAUAUUUUACAAUAACUCUUACAGGAGGCGGGAAAAUGAGCAGUCCGCGGAAUUCUCUUCGCGGCGGACAUCCUUACAAUGGUCCACCUGGAUUCCAAAAUCAGCCAUAUGGAUAUGCGAAUUUCAAUCAAGGAUAUCAAAAUAAUCGAGGUGGAGGAGGAGGAUAUCGAGGAAAUGGCAAUGGAAAUUAUGGUGGAGGAUAUCGAGGGGGACGUGGAAAUAGUGGAAGAGGAAGAGGGUGGAAUGCAAAUAAUUGGUAGGAAUCCAUGUUAUUUGUUGUUGUUUGAUCUCACUUCGAUUUGGUUUGUUUUUCGAAGCUCUGUACCUUGUUUUGUUUUAUUUUUUGAAUGAACAAAUCCUGUUGGAUUUUCGAAAUUUUCUUCAAAAUUCUGAUCCUUGUUUUUUUCAUCAGAAAAUCCCUUGAUUGAUUUGAAAACAGGAUUUUUUUCAUUAUUUUUGACUCACAAUAAAAAACACUGGUAUCAAUUAUUUGAUAGAACAACUGUUAACGCAAUUAAAUUGGACAAAAACUAUCAGUUGAUUUUUUGUUUCAAAUAAAUUCUUGUGGAAGACAUGAAAAAAGGUGUUAACAUUUAAUGGGAUUGGAUUUAUGGAAUGGGUUUUUGCAGAUGAUGACGUCAACGGGAUUGAUUUUUAGACUUUGUGAAUUAUUUGAUUGUCAAAUUUUUGCGGAUUUUUCAAAUUAAUUCCAUUUUUAAAGAGUUUUUCUAAUAAAAGCGUAGUUUCAGCUUUUCCCAAAUUAUUCUGAGAAUUUCAACAUUGUUAUGAAAUUUUUUUCAAAACUUCUGGGAUCAGACUUGAAACUUCAGAGGAAUGAGAAAAUAUCAAGUUCGAAAUUAACAUUCUAGAUGUUUUUUAUUCAGAAUCUAGCCCCCCAACGAUUUUCCUCGUGCUCAAUUUGCAAUUUCAAAUCUUUCAACUCAAAAAAAAAUCUUGUGACCAAAGUUUUUCCAAAAACACAUUAAUUAUCAACUAGAUCUCGAUCAAAAAUCAUCGCUUCCUCGAAAAUCGCAAUUUGUUCCUGAUAAUAAAUCUAACACAAAAAAAGAAGAAUCCAAUCUGACACCUACACAUGAACUCUGGUCACAAAAAGUUUUCAAAACAUUCUGACAAGUUGUUUUUUUUUUUCAACGUAUGAUUGAUAACUGAAAAUAUCUCAUUGUGAGUCAACAUUUUUUGUGCAAGGCACAGAUUUGUUUUUUUUCUUUUCUGCAUUCGAAGUUUCUAGGACUUGAAAUACCAAUUUUCUUUGAUUUUUUAUUUUGAAUUUUGAUCAAAUCAAAAAUAUUGUGACAAAUCAGUUGAAAAUUGCUCAUUGAACAUUUCUCGAAAGAAGCGUUGAGAAAAUAUAUCUGUCGAAUCAAUCUUUUAUUUUUUGUCGAGUCUUGUUAACACAACUUGAGGAGGGUCGAUUUGUUGCCAAUUGCCAAAUCCCAAAAAUAAUCUGACUCUCUCAAUCUGAAAAUUGUUCUUGUUCUUGUGUUUGUGUUUUGCUCUGCAGAGCUCUGAAAUAUAUUUACUGCAUUUUAAAAUUUUUUUUGAAUUUGUCGAAUAUCUUUUGAUUUUCUAGAAAAAACCCCGGUUUUUAAUUUAAAAAAUUAUAGAUUUUCUGAAAAUUUUUCGAGCUAAAUGCUUUUUAUUUCAAAACUAGACCAAAAUUGAAAACCCCUUUUCAAAAAUUCUGAAGAAUCUCAAAAACGUAACUAUUAUUUUUGACUUACAGUAAUCCUAAAACAUUUUCACAUAAAUAAUAAUAGCAAAUUGUUGAUUGAGUACUUACUUUCAGCAUUUCCCACAUUCUUCUUCUUCAGCUUCCAACAAUUUUUUUACACUUUUUUCCCCAUUUUUCUUCUGAAAUAACUCAUCAACAAAACAUAUCACCCUAUUGCUAUUUUUCUACUUAUUUCAAUAUAUAAAUCUUCCAACACCUGUGUUAUUUUUUUUUGUUUUUUUUUAUUCACUCACCCGCUAGAUAAUCACUUUUUUUCAGAAAAAAUACAAAAAUGUUGAGCCCAGCUCUUUUAAAAGUUUCAAUGAAUCGCAGAAAUUCUGCACCAUCAGUUUUCGAUGAAAAAUCGGGUUUUCCGUCUCGAAAUCGUGCCGUUUCAACGCUUCAACCAAUGUGUGAAGAUCAAGAAAUCGCAGCGUUUGUUGGCGAAAGACGUUAGUAAUAGUUUUGAGAAAAAAAUCUAGUAUUGAUUUUUUCUGCAGGUGGAAGUUCAACCUCAUCAAUAAUUCUCAUGGAUGGAUUUGAAUUAGCGACUUCACCUUCGAGAAGAGCAUCUUCAGCUUCAACAUAUUCGACAAAUGAGAAGAAACAGCGAAAAAAUUCGAGAGAGGUAGGGGAAUUCGGAUUUGGGGAUUAGAAGUGGGAUUUUUUGACUCGGGAGGGGUGGAGGUGAAAUAUAAAAUUUUUGAAAACAAAAAUUCUAGAUAAAAAAGAGGUCUCCAAUUUUCAAGAUAUCAGAAAACUUUUCUCCAAAUUCUAGGCUUUCUAUUUCAUUUGCAAAAUUUUCAAUUUUCUCUAUCAUUUCAAAAUCAGAAAUGAAAUCCUAAUUGCCACGUGGAAAAUCAUCAGCGUUCACGUUUCGUACUCUAUUUUUUCCUGGCAUCAAUUUCUUGACUCCCACAACUUCCUCGAUCAAACUAUAGUCUCAAAACAAUUAAUCCUUUGUUUUUGCUUUGCUCUCAAAAAAAAAGUUUGGCGAGAAAAAUCAUUUGACUUGAUGAUUUUUGCCGCUUUCAAUUGAUAAAUGUUCUCCUUGUCGGAAACGUUGAUUUGAUCGAAAAUCCACUUUUUUCCUCAAUUUUUCUCUAAAACAACUGCUUCAUCUUCUUAUUCGAAUAUAUAUCGCCGCCUAUAUCAAUUGGUCUUUUUUCCCAAAACACUUUCUUUCAUUUGUUGUGUUUUUCUUCCAAGUUUCUUGACAUUUUGAAGAUUGAGAAGUUCAUCGAUGAAGUUCAAUGA